GUCUCCUCGCCUCGUUGCUUGUACGUGUGGUGGUUGAUUUCUCGGAGAAGGAUGAAUCGCAUGUCAGGUGGCUCGUGUGUCCGUGUGUGUCAGCGGAAUAUCUCCGGUUAUGGAAGAUUCAAGUGUCUUCGACUAGUGUUUAUCGUCUUUGCCGCAGGAGGUUUCAUAUUUUUCCUCUCGAAUCUGCUGUCGCUGCAUACGGCGAGAGAACGUGUCGGUGUGUUUCGGCGAUUGUACGAAUCUGUUAGCUUUCAAAACAGAUUCGAUGACUUUCCUUGUAAUGAUACGUCUCUUUCAAGUCCAGCUGAACUUUCAAACGUAACAAACAUUUCCCCGGACUUGGCGCAGUUUCUAUCCCUGCCUGUGAUUAACCCUCACCCUUACGAAUACGUCCACAACCACGAGGGAAGAUGCCAGGCGCAGCGGCCAAAAGUUCUCUUUGUUGUUCCGUCCGCUCCGGAUAAUUUCGUGCGACGACAGAAAGUGAGGCAUUCGCCUCUCAUGGAGUUCUUAAGAAAAAGUUCGUGCAAUGCUACUCUGUUAUUUUUUCUGGGUCUUCCAGCAUUUAGUAAAAGGACAUCAGAGAAAAUCCAAAGGAGGAUAGACUCGGAAUCAGAACAAUAUAAGGAUAUUAUUCAGGCCGGUUUCAAUGACGCCUACCAGAAUAUACGCCUGAAAGCCGUGUCGAUGCUGAAAUGGGCGAGCAUAUAUUGUUCUAACGCCAGUUACGUCAUUAGAACAGAUGACGACAUAAAAUUUGACGUCGGUGAGGUUGUGGGAGCAGUUUAUCGAGCUGGUAAAGCGCACAGGAAUUUUGUUCUUGGCAACCUAGCCUUGGACUGGAAGGUUAUUCGAAAUAAACAGUCGAAGUACUACGUCUCACGCGAGGAGUUCGCUUCUGAUGAUCUACCGCCUUUUGCUCUUGGGGGUCUGUUGGGGUACCCGCUAGAGUCUGUGAGACUUUUGUACGAGGCAUCGCUGAGGACCAAACCGCUGUGGCUUGAUGAUGUGUACAUUACGGGUAUAUGUGCUCCGAGGGUGAACGUAACACUUUUAGGAGAUCCACAGUUUACAUUUCGACACUAAAACGUACUUUAAAAGGGUAAUAAUAUACAAUUAUAAUUCAUAUUAUAUGCA